GUAAACAUGCAACGAGGAAUAAGGAUGAAGGGAAAGAAAACUCGCAGUGUUAUCGCAAAUAAAGUUCCCAACUUGACUUCGUCGUUUGAAAGAAAACGAUGAUUUGUUUCCACGAAAUCAGCAGCCGUCUUGGAGGAACGCCCCGACGGACACUUGGCGCAAUGACGAGUUUGCAAUCGCCAAAUUGUUUAUGCAGCCGUCGGGAUAUGACGACAAAACCAAUUUUGAACAAGUCGACUUUAAUGGAAUUGCAGCCUUCAUAUCUUACUGCGGACGUUUUUCAGCCACAACAGAGUCAUUAUCAGAUCAGGCACGGGAUUCUACAAACAAAAUUCGACACAUGCCCGACAUUUGUUCCAGCGCCCUGAAAGACCAGGCGACCACAGAUUAUAUAGACACAUUAGCUAAGCUACUGAAUGAUCCAAAAUUCAACGGAGGGAAAGACGUCCAGGAAGCAUUGAAGCAACUUGCUGAGUUGAAAACUACCUUCCCUGAACUGCUUGGAGAACAUUGGAAAUUUAUUAUUGAAGAUAUUGCAACCAAAUGUCUCCAAGAUAUCCAUGACUUAUGCAAGGAUGAAAAAGAAAUAUGGAGAAAAGAAGCAGACCAGAAAAGGGCUGACUUUCAGUUUCUCGGCGACAACAUUCUGUCUAAAUUAACAGCAAAGGGUGAAACCGUCUUGGGUGAUAUCAAGAAAUUAAUGGAAAUUUCUCAGAAAACAAUAGUCAAUUCCAUUGGAGAUGGGAUAAAACAAAUCGAAGCACGGACUGAGAUAGGUGAACGAACGAUCUACGAAAGGACUGAAACAGGAUAUCAGAAGCUCGAUAACAAGACUAAAAUAGGGGAACGGAAGAUUGAUGAAAAGACUGAAAAAGGAAAACAAAUGAUCCUGGAAAAAACUGAAAAAGCACAACGAGUGAUCAAGAGAACGACACAGACAGGAAAAAGAAAAAUUGAGGACACGAUUGAAAUGGGGGAACAUAAAAUUAAGCGUAAGAUAAAGGAACUCGAUGGGAAAAGUGGCAGGAUUACCGAAGCAGAUUUGAGAAAGGAGCUGUUAAAACUUUACAAAAAAACUGCAAGCACAGUGCGUAUUCGGCUUGACAUCGAUGAGGCACUGGGAAAGGUAUAUGAAGCGCCAAAACUUACUUUAAAGAAAAACGGCAAAGACGAAGAAGACGAUCUAUGUGAAUUGGAAAACAUAUUUCGAAGCAGUGAGGGCACACUGGCGAAAACAAUAGUUGUUGAAGGCGAGCCAGGCUCUGGGAAGUCUUCACUAUGUAAGAAGAUCGUUCAUGAUUGGUGUGAAACAAAACAUGAAGGACGAACAGAAACUGAAAGACACGACUUAUUAAGUCAGUUUGCAUUUGUAUUUUACAUUACUCUCCGCGAGGCAAAGAAUGAAUGCUUCAUAAAGGAAAUGAUAAUGAAUAACAUCAUGGAAAGGAUCGGAUUUGAAAAAUCAAGGGCAGAAGAUAUUUUAGUUGAUAUUUUGAAAACUAACAACUGUCUGCUACUGCUUGAUGGUCUGGACGAAUGGCAGCAUCCGGACGGAUGCAAUUUGGAUGAAAGAAUUCCGCAUGUUCAUACCAGUUGGGAAAACUGUAGCCUACUCAUCACCACAAGGCCGUACAAACUGGCUGAGCUGAAAAUUAGCCUCUCUCAAAUUGACAAUCACGUGAUGUUGAAAGGAGUUGCGAACCGUCAAAAACUCGUUGAGAAAAUAGUAUCUCGAUUGAAUGAAUUACGCCGCUUACGAACACCACUGGAAUACAAAAUAUGCAUCACGGACAUACAAGAAAAAAAUCUUUGGCAUUUCAGUGAAUGUCCAAUCCUGUUAACUCACCUCGUUUGGCUUUGGUACAAGAGAAAGCUUUCGGUAGAUAUGAGAUAUCCUGAUCUUUACAGAUCGUUGUUGGUGGAACGAUUGCAUGAGUCGUGUGGGAGUAAUUCAUACAAAACAAACGAUGUAAUCAACGCCCUGAGCCAAAUAGCCUUUGAAAAGUUGUUUGCUGAAGAUGAAAAGAGUACAACCGUGUUUGAAAUAAAUGAGGAAGAAAAUACGACAUUCGCGAGUCAUAAAGCUUCAUCGCUUAAGUCUGGCAUCAUAUCCUGCAUCAAUGUUCCUGGAGAUUCUCCGCAAUACCACUUCUUGCACAAAACAUUUCAAGAGUACCUAGCGGCACUGUUUAUGGCAGAAAACUUUGCAAAGCGCUAUUUGCGGCGUAUCAAACGCCUUUACACAAACAAGAGAUCAGAAAGCGUAAUUAGCUUAUCAAGUUUCUUUUGCUUCCUUUGUGGUUUAAAUACAAAAGCGGCCGAAGAACUUUCGAAAAUAAUGAAUCAGUUGUUCACUGAUUUUUGCCACAGAGAAGGUUAUUCUUUUCGCAACUCGAGCAGGUUCCAAUAUAUGAUCCUUCAAGGUCAAAUAGAGCUAGACAAGAUCAAUAACUCCGGAGUUAAAUUGCGCCUGCAGCACAUUAAUAUUCAUGACUUGGCUAUGGGACGGAUAUGUAAACUGAAGUGGAACGACGACAUCGACCUAGACGACAUCAACCUAGACCCGCUUUUUUUGAAGAAAGAAAAAGCCUUAGAACAAUUAAUUAUGACAAACAAAGCAGGCAUUGUAUCAUUGUCUAUAAAUACCGACAUGACGUUGACAUUGCCAUUAGCGAACAGUAGCGAUAACAAAAUUCUUGAUUUAGAGAAUUGCAAGGGUCUGAAGUUCUUGAAUGUAUACAAUAUGGCGUUCAAAGAUGUCACUGGUUUGGUUUUGAGUAAUUUAAUACAAUGCAGUAUAAAAUUCAAAAAGCUCCAGAAAGCUCCAAACCUCACAUCUACAUUUUUCAACGCUGAUUUUGAUUCUCUGAAAAAAAUGAAAAUGCUCAAAUUGGCAAACAUGAUGGAUUUAAGCUGGCUACAUGAAGACUCAGAACGGACGGAACAUCUUGAUUUACGACGCCUUGGAAACCAAGAAAGCCUUAUUGAACUUCAAUUAAAUCCUCUGUCAUACCCCGACGUGGUGAAUCUACCAGUGCGGAGACUACACACACUACAAGUAGGAUUCAAUGAACUACAGAAAGCACCACAACUAAUGUCAACGUUAUUAGCACAUGGGACAUGCCAGAAUGAACGGAAAGGACUUUCCUCUCACCUGAAGCACGUAACAUUGUCUAAUAUUCGCAUGACAGAGGAACAGUUCAGACGGCUACCUCAGUCUUUCGAGAAAGCGGGAAGUACGACAUGCGAGUUGAUACAUUGUUGCAUAGAGCAAGACGAGAAUGUAUGGCAACUUGACGGUGUAAACAAGCAGCAAGUUACACCAUUUGAUUGUACAACAAACCUUUAUCUUUCUGCUACGAUCAUAACAGUAGAGAUGUUUAUUCGUCUUGUUGAUUGGUUUACCAUAUGCGGUCAAUCUGGUGAAUGCCAUUUGACAGACUUAGAUCUGAAGGCAAACCUUGCUGUUGCACAACCGUCCCUUCCUCUGUUGGUUUCAGAGCGGCGUCUCUCAGCUGAUUAUACCACGAAGUUUGAGCUAACUAAUAUUAAGAUGUCGAAAGAACAAAUUUGUCAAAUCGUCGGUAGGAUGAAUCAACUCGACCAUUCAGUUAAACUAAGAUUAUAUAAGUGUUCCGAAAUAUUGGACGAGUACAAUCCGCUGAUGAAUCAGAUGAUUACUCUACCAAUUGCGCCACUGGAUUGUACUAAACACAUCGAAAUCUCUGAAAUGGAAAUAUCGGAAGAACUGUUUUGCUAUGCCUUAACCAGUGUGAUUCAUUUUGGUUAUACGUGUAAAAUGUUAGACUUUGAUAUACUUCCAAAUAAAGUGCAGCCUGCGGACAACCUUGAAUUUUCCCGUAUAGUUGAUACCAACACACAUGCUCAUACAGCGAAGCUCGUAUUCUUAUACGGAACAAUGCCGGAACACGUGUUUUUGCGUCUUGCUAGUGAAGCAGCAGAGUCCGGACAUUUGGUUGAGUGUGAGUUUCACGGGUGUGAAGUACCAUCUCUUCACGAUGACAGGCCGUUGAGAGAAAAAUUAGAAGAACAGUCUGCCCUCCAGUUCGAGACGUUCAUCAAGGUGAAUCCAGACUUGUGCUUUUUCAACGAAGAUGCGGACCAAGUUUGGAACAUUCGCUUUAAAACUAACGCAAAACAGUCUCAACGUGAGUGAAUCGUCUGCAGGGAACGCUUGAAUUCAUAGCAACAUAUGCUCUUAUAGAAAGGACAUUUGGAUGACGGUAGCGUGACGGUAGCGUGCUGUAUCAAUAGAACAACACACACAGACCAUUCGUGAAUAUAAAGAAGAGACUACAUUUAUUUUUGAGUUGCUUUGUUGUAUAUUUUAGCAUUAUCAUUUUGUAAAUACUUUCUUCACUUGAUAUUGUUUUUAAUCACAUGUAUGCAUUCUUUAAAGAACAUUAAACAGACAAUGACAUAGUUCCUUGUUAAUAGGGUAAAAGUGUUGAAUACAAUGACAUAGCAUCUUGAUGAUAGAACGAACGUGUAGUAUGCAAUGAGUUUCUUGUUGAUUGGAUAAACAUGUGUAACAUGAUGACACAGUUCUUGCUGAAAAACGAUGUGUUUCUUUAUUUAAUCACUAAUACAUAUACUGUUUAACAUUUGUUGGAACUGCCAGACAUUUGAGGUUGAGUGUUUUGUAAACGAAUUACUUCCCUCAGAUGUUACAAAGACAUCAUUUGCCACAGUCGCUAUAUGGAUAUGUUUUAUCUAUGUUAUUGAUUUAUGAAAUAUUUGUUUUAUUUAUUUUGUGUUUACCAAUAUGCUGUUAAAUGUCUUUUAUUUAGAAUGUAGCUUUAGUUAUUCAGUUGAUUUUCACGUGUUUAAAGUGUAUUGAUCGAGCUUUAACGUGAUUAAAAAACAAUUCAUUAACAACUGUAUGUGUUGUAUUUAGAGUAACUGCGUUUGUACAAUGAUAUACCAUUAGCAAUUCGUAUAAUGUAUAUAUCAUUGGCAGUAUGUACAAUGUAAUUUCCAUUGGCAGUUUGUACAAUGAUAUACUCGUACCAUUGGCAAUUGGUAUAAUGUUUUUAUUAUUGGCAGUUUGUACAAAGUAAUUUCCAUUGGCAGUUUGUACAAAGUAUAUAACAUUUGCAGUUUGAUGUGUUUAUCAAAAGCAGAGAGUAAAUGUUUGUAUAAUGUUUUAUCAUUGGCAGUACAAUGGAUUUACCGUUGGCGGAUUUUACAAUGUGCUUAUCAUUGGCAAUUUUAUUUAAAGUAUUUAACGUCAACAGUUUUGAGUGUAUCUGUAUAUACUAUUAGUUGAUUGUGUUCUCUAUGAUUAGAGCAGGUACGUAAGUAAAAUAUAGAAAAAAAGAGUUAACACUCUAAUAGUCGAGUUAACACCCAAAAUGAAAAUCAUUCUUUUUUCUAUAUCUAGUAUAUCGUUCAUAUAUACUCAUUAUUGUAUUGUAAUCAAAUCUAAUAAAGACUAUCAGUAAGAUAGAUUGUUAUGCCUUUAAUUUGUAUGGCGAGUAGACAUCUGUUCCCUUCACAUAUAGUAAGAAACAUUCGCUCGGCUUUUAUUUGUAAGGCGAUAGUUUUAUCUGAUGAAAUUCAGAUCAUUGUGCUACAUAAUGCCUGCAAAUACUUUAUCGAUACAAAACCUAAAGCCAGAUUUUGGCAUAGUAGCGUUUGUAGUGUGCGCAUUUUACCCAACACAAGGCGUUGAUUUCGUGUUGUCGUGUGCCCAACAGUUCAAUAGUGCUCAAUCAACUGUUUGGGGCUGUUGAUUAGUUUAAACACAUAGUUUAAAAAGGACUG